AUGAGAUUAGCCUUCAUUAUUAACUCAACUGUUGGAUUUGAAAAAUUACUUGCAGACAAAUUCAUUCGGCUUCAAUUUUCUGUUUCUUACUUAAGAGCUCUUGAGACAACAUUGAGAAGAUCUAGAAAAAGGAAGCAAAUGUUUAACUUUGCUACCAGUAUUAACAUCUCAAUGUCCUUAAACUCUCAAAGAAACGAGCAUCAAAAAGCAAACGGAAAAAAUAAUAAAACAAAUUAA